UAUAAAUAUGGCAUCCAGGAGACUUUAUCGGGAAUAUAUUAAACAAGCUAACCAACUUAAAAGAUUUGACCCUGUAGCUUCUUCAGUCUUGAAGUAUUACAUUAGAGUUGACCUUGAAACUGUAGCUACAAAGAAUCAAAUGGAGGAGAUGAUACAAAACAAACAGAAAGAUCUAGAGAUGAUCAAAAGAGCUAACUCUGGGGAUAUGAAUGGCCUUAAAAGAGUUAUCAGGACUUUGUGAUAUUCCAAUUUUAUCAAGACUUAUCCGGAAGUAUCCAAUGAUUCUGCAACUAUUGAAGAGGAAAUAAGUAUGAAAUUGAAGAAAGACAUACUUUACAACACACUUCGUUCAAAGACUAGGAAGAUAAAAGUGUCAAAAUUUGAAUUGCCAUUUCAAAAGUACAUAGACCCUGAUUUCCCUGCAUUUAAAUCAUCUCCACAUCUGCAUUUCUCUCCGAUGGCUCCCAACAUCUUCAGUCCAGAUGCAAAAGAAAGAUUUGGAAUAGAUAAAUUUGAUAUAUUCAUAAAUAUGAAAUAGAACCCAA